AUGGCCUCGACUCGAAUAUUACGUAUUUGUGGACUUUUGAGAAAUUCGCCAAGAAAUAUUCCAUCUAUGAGCAAUGAUGCACGUAAUUUAUUUACUGUCGAUUGUUCACAUUUGUUAAAGACGCACAUCCCUUUAGUAUGCGAUACGAGGAAUAAGACAUUUUUCAUCAACAAAUCUGCGGACGAAUUGUGGAAAGGCGUGACGAGCGUCAGUAAUGCAGGGAGGAAAAGAGGCAGAGCUAAAGGCUUACCGAGAAAGAGAGAUUUAAACAAGGGUCAGAUUAUUGGCGUAGGAAAAAUUCCGAUACAAUUUCCCGGUCUCAAUACACCUGUAUUCAGAGGAAGAGAACUCGUUCAACAGCAAAAGCUGCCUGUGGAUCCUGAGAGGGAGGAGAGGCUCGCCAAGCUACGACAAAGCUAUAAAACUGGGCCGAGGCGGAUGAAAUUAUCGCCGUUGGAACGUGGUUGGACGAGUGCCCAAAUGGGUGGCAGAAAGAUUGGACCACCUGAUCCUAUUGGAGAAGAUACCUUUGACGGCUUUGAAACUUGGGUAUUGGAAAGCAAAAUCGUAAAUUGUAUGACUGGUAAUUUAGGACGUAAGAGUAAGAUCAGUAUGUUUGUCGUAACGGGUAAUGGAAAUGGUCUGGCUGGAUUUGCGCUAGGAAAAGCACCCGCACAAAAAACAGCCAUGAAGACAGCUAAGAAUAGGGCGGGUCAAAGAUUGAUGUAUAUUCCUAGAUACAAGGAGCAUACUGUGCUACAUGACUUUUUCACACAGUUUGGAGAUACAAAAUUGUUUGUAAAGAAAAUGCACCAAGGAUACGGGCUUGUCUGCCAUCGUGCGAUAAGAGCGUGUUGCGAGGCAAUUGGCAUAAAGGAUAUGCAUGCCAAGGUGGAAGGUACCAAGAGUUUGCAGCAUAUCAUAAAGGCUUUCUUUAUUGGCUUGUUACAACAGAAAUCGUAUCAACAAUUAGCGGACGAAAAACGAUUGCACUUGGUUGAGUUCAAGUCGGAAAACGGAAAUUAUCCGGUAGUGAUUGCCUCGCCGUCGCAAGUUAGAAAGCCAGAAGAAGUGACGUCCCACGAGAUCCUCGAUUUUACUCAAUAUGUUUUGGGCGGCAAAGUAAUAUUGCAGAAAAAGAAAUCUGCACCAUUCUAUACGAGACUUCCAUCUUGGAAAACAAGAUUGUUAAAACUGGAACGAACGAGGCACUUUGAUGAAACGAGGCUAAAGUUAACGGCAGAAUACGGGGCGUUGAAUAGUUUUCUCACUGAAAAGUAUCCAGAAGCGAAGCUGCGUCCCAAGCGGAAGCCAAGUGAAAACGAAACGGAGGAAUAGAGAGCAUAGCCGAGUAUUAUGCUCUAUGUAUAAAUGUUUCUCAAUAAAGUUAUGAUUAGAAAAUUA